UCACAUAUGUGUGAGGAGUGCGGCAGUGAAUUUAUCUCAUUGGGAAACUUAUCGACUCACAUUCAACGGUAUCACACUGAAGAGAGACCGCACCAUUGUCAGCAAUGUGACAAAGGGUUUGUGACCCGAGGAGAAUUAAAGAGUCAUCAGAGGGUUCACACAGGAGAAAAGCCCUACAGCUGCGGUGAGUGUGGGAAAAGUUUUUCACAGCUUUCCAGUCUUAUCUAUCACCAGCGCAUCCACACUGGAGUGAAACCGUUCAGCUGUGAGGAGUGUGGAAGGAGUUUCACUCGACUAUAUUAUUUAAAGGUCCACAAGAACAUCCACACAAAAGAAAUGAUUUUCUCCUGUGACCAGUGUGGGAAAACAUUCACCUUGCUGCAACAGCUGAGAAUCCACAUACGUAUUCACACUGGAGAAAAACCAUACCAGUGCAGACACUGUGAUAAGACUUUUAAUUCACAGGGUCCCCGCACAGUACAUGAACGCAUCCACACUGGAACGAGACCGUACAGCUGUGAGGAGUGUGGGAAGUGUUUCACUCAAUUAGGUCAUCUAAAGGUGCACAGGAACCGCCACACAAAAGAAAUGCUUUUCUCCUGUGAGCAGUGCGGUAAAGAUUUCUCUUCAUCAUCUAACCUUAGAAGGCAUGUUGUUAUGCACACCGGAGAGAAAUUGCACAGAUGUGACCAGUGUGGGAAAACAUUCACCUUGCUGCAACAGCUGAGAAUCCACAUACGUAUUCACACUGGAGAAAAACCAUACAAGUGCAGACACUGUGACAAGACUUUUAGUUCACAUACUCAGCGCACAGCACAUGAACGCAUCCACACUGGAACGAGACCGUAUAGCUGUGAGUUGUGUGGGAAGUGUUUCACUCAAUUAGGUCAUCUAAAGUUUCACAGGAACAUCCACACAAAAGAAAUGCUUUUCUCCUGCGAGCUGUGCGGGAAGGUCUUCACUUCUUGUGGCGCAUUUAAUUAUCAUAAAAGGAUCCACCGAAAGAAACAGCAAUAAUGUGCACUUUGCGGAAAAAAUUUGAAAGGGUACAAAGUCACUGCUGUACUCUCACUGAAGAUACAAUCUGAAAGUGUAAAAACGCUGUAAACAAACCUUCAUUGAGCAGUUGUGAUGUCAACAUACUUCGUCUUUCUUGUUUGCUUGUUUUAAAAAUGUUUUUGUUGUUGGGUGUUUUAUUUCAUUAAAAAAAAAUUCCUAGCAUUGGCAUGGUUUAAAAAAACCCAAAAACAUUUUUAUUAAUUUAUGUUCUGUUAUUUAAAACAGCCAUUUCAAUUCUUGGUUUCUAUUUUAGUGUGUUGUUUUAUGUUUUUAUUUAUUUAUUUUGAUAUGAGAUUUUAAUCAUUGGAUGCCAUUUUUUUUCUCUUUAAUUAUUUUAACACGUUUUCCAAAAGUAGAAAAGUCCAAACAACAUUUUUAAGGAUUUUAGAUUCAAAAAAGAGGAAAAGGAAGUGAAUUCUUCCUCAUUCCUAUCUCUGUUUUAUAUAAAGAAACACGUCCUUCCAAUUCAUGUAAUAUAGUUCUAUAAAUAUUGUUAUACAUUGAUCUAUAAUUACUUAACUACAGCUUUCCAAAGUGUAAACU